AUGAAGCUGGUGACAGUCCUCAUGCUGGUGGCCCUCCCCCUCUACUGCUAUGCAGGUUCUGGCUGCGCAGUUCUCGAGGAAGUGGUUGAAGAGACAAUUGAUCCCUCACUGUCCACGACUGAGUAUUUAGCAGCUAUUCGCGAGUAUGUGUCGGAUGAUGCCACUGCAAAGGCCGCAGUGGAACUGAAGCAAUGUUUUCUCAACCAGUCAAAUGAAACUCUGAACAAUAUCAGAGUGAUGCAGGGAGACGCAGGCUCGAAGUUUGUCACCAAUUAUGCCAGAGCAAUGGUGAACAUACCUUAUUUUAUUUCAGUGAAUUUAAUUGUUGCAAUCGAUAUACCAGAGUUUUUGGUGUGCUCUGUAUUAACUUUCCACAAGAUCUUUGGCUCAGAGGACUACAGAGAAUGGUCAGAAAUCAACUGUCGAUUGCUAUAA